GGAACAGCCGACAAUGUUGAAAAGCUGUGCCAUUAACCUCCCACCACAAAAUAUGUGUAAUGGCGAUGAGCUAUUGAAAAGAUAGGUGAAAAAAAUGUCUACACCACAGCCCCCAAAUGAGCAAAGUCCACCGCCAGCGAAAAAAGCAAAGACAGAUGGCUUGGAAACGAGUAAACCCCUUGCCCAACUUCCGGUGGUUACCAUGACAACCCCUUCCAUUCCAUUAAUGACGGCCAGUCCUGUGACCGUAAUCCCUUCGACAUCAGCUAAUUUUCCCAGUGCAAUAAGUCUCACUAUAUCAAACGCAGGUAAACAGGCACAGUUGAAGAUACCUAACCCAACAUCAGUACCACAGAUGAGGACCCAGGGUCCGGCAACCUUCAUAGCUCAGAACCAGGUGCAGCAGUCGGGGGGAACCAUCACCAUGAAACCACGCAUGAUCAUGCGCCCUGCAUUGCAGCCCCAGCACAUACAGCUUCAGCCUCAAGCUCCGGGGGGCAAACUGGUACCAGGACAAGUUGCCAUGACCCAGGUGGUGACCUUGUCUCAGUUCCCAACAGGAAUUAUGGCUCAAACUCUGCCCCCUGGAGCCAUCACAGUGCAGCAGAAAUUUACCCCCCAGUUGGUCACCAAAAUCAAUCCACAGAACCUACAGGUUCGGCCAGGGAAAGGAGCACCAGUCCAGCAGAUCCUGCAGAACAAUAAAGGUCAGAUUUUUGUGAAUCAGAUCCAGCCUGGAACAAAAGGAGGUAGUGUCCCUUUACAACAGGCUUGGACUGUUAAACCACUCGUCGGGGCCAAAGGUCAGGAGCUCAAGGUUGGUUCACCAAACGUUUUUGCGAUUCACAAUCCCACACAGCAAGGAAAGAUGAUUCAAGGGGGCAAACCUAUAGCUCUGGUGUCCCAGGCACUACCCAGACUUCCCACCUACAGUCAAGCAAUACAGAUGACUGCCAACAGUCAGGCCAUCCAGAUGGCUACAUGCACUCAGUCUGUACAAAUGACCCCAGCAGGUCCCACACUGCAGUUCACUUCUGCUCCAAACAAAAUUCCUGUCACGUCACUGACCAAGCCACAUACCAAUGCUGUUGUUAUGGUCACUGCAGCAUCAACAGUAAGAACCACUGCACCAGGAACAUUGGCAACAACUAUUCCCAUAUUUACAACAACACCCCAAUUGAGGACAACUGCACUGGUAACCACUGGAUCAACCAUUCCCAUACCUACAGCAGCUUCACCAAUGAGGACUGCUGCACUUGUAACUGCAGCAACAAAUAUCCCCAUGACGACAUCCUCACCCUUGGUAACCUUCCCUGUAGCAGCACCAGCAACCAUUCCUAUAGUGACCUCAAUGAAUGUAGUUCCUACCAACAAAUCUACCCCUGUGAUAAGUAUCCCGCCACAGCUUACCACCACCACAACCACUAAACAGACUUCUACAACAACAAGUGUAGAGCAGGCAAACAACGACCAACUAUCAAAAAACGAAACUCUGACCAACAAUAGCAAAGUCGAUUACAUUCAGGAUAAAAAACUGGAGGAUGAAGAAACAGACUGUAGUUCUAGUGUGAAACAUUCCAAGGCUAGUGCAGAUAUAUUAGUGAAACCAGCUGACAGUGUGACAACCCAGUCUAGUGCAGGUAGUACUAGCAAUGACUUGGGAAAUGGGGGUAAGUCUUCCACCCCGACAGACAGUAACCAGGUUGGCACUGCUCAGAAAGCGGUGGCUGACGACAAGAAGUCUGAAUCAAAAAAGGGGGAGGAGAAAUCAAACACUUCCAGUGAAGAAUCCAAAGUAGUAUCUGUGAUUAAUGAUUUGGAUGAAAGUAUUUCUAGUUCAAAUGACACAACUUCUGUGAAAUGCUCCCAAGAAUCGAAGUUAAAAUCAAAGGAAACGGACAUUUCUGAAGUUAGCUCAAAUGAUGCAACUUCUGAUGUGACGCAAAAGCAGUCUGAUGAGGCGCCACAGGUCAAAGUAAAAGUGGAAGUAGAGGAGGCCGACUCCUCAGAAACAAGGCAAUCCCCAAUGGAAGUUGACCAGACACUUGAUUCUAAAGGUGACAAAGAGGACAAGAAUCCUGAAACUUUCAGUCCCAAGACUGAGGUAGAUAAACUGCCUGACAUUGUUAAAUCUGAGGGAGUAGACACAGCUCCUCCAGGCUCAGAUUUUGAUGUAAUGGAUUCCAUGCAGUGGGAAAAUGGAGUAGCAUCUUUAGAAGGCAGCAAUCUGAAGUUUAAGAUGAAUGAGUUUGGAGUACUUGAGGUUGUGACUGAGGACCUGGAAUGUCCAGAAACCCUUAACACCAGUAGCGAGUCUGAAAACACCAACGACCAAUCAGGCGACAAGAAAUUAUUCAAAACAUUUGAAAUAAAAAAAGAGGACAAAUCUGCCAAUGAUGGAGACAAAGAUGAUGUCUGCUGUUGUAACAACUGUGGGGAGUAUGGAUUCAGAAGUGAAUUUCUGGGAAACUCUGGGGACAUUUGUUCUGAGGCCUGUAUGGAGGCAUACGAAUCCAAAAAAAAUGGCAAGGGUAUGAAAAAGAAUGUUAUGUCAAAAAUGGUGCUUGGUAUGAAGAAAAAGAAGAGGAAACUGUUGUUGAUGAAGGGAGGUCAAGGAGAAGAGGAAGUCUAUCCCAAAGGAUUAGCAGUUGGGAGGAAAUCUAAAGCAUUUGUAUGGCUGAAUUAUCUUGAACAAGAAGGUGGAGAGGCAGCUCCAGACAAGCUCUUCAAAGAACCGUUCCCCCAGUCUCGAUGUGGGUUUAAGGUGGGUAUGAAGCUUGAAGGAAUUGACCCUAAACACCAGUCCCUGUUCUGUAUCCUAAGUGUGGCUGAGAUCCGUGGCUACAGACUGCGACUCCACUUUGAUGGAUACUCCGAGUGCUAUGACUUCUGGGCCAAUGCAGACUCCCCCUGGAUAUACCCUGUGGGCUUUUGUGAUAAACAUGAGAGAGUCUUACAGCCCCCUAAAGGUUUUACGACAGAAAACUUCAGUUGGGCAGGCUACCUAAAGAUGGCUAAAGCCAUACCUGCUCCCAAACAUCUUUUCCAAAACCAGCCAACUCAAAACGUGACUCCCAAUGCAUUUCGAGUGGGCUGUAAGCUGGAGGCAGUCGACAAGAAGAACAACAACUUAGUCUGUGUGUCAACAGUUGCUGACACACUCGGCGACAAAAUACUUGUGCACUUUGAUGGCUGGGAAGACACUUACGACUACUGGUGUGAUGUUACCUCCCCUGACAUACACCCUGUUGGCUGGUGUCAUGAAAACAACACACAGCUGUCCCUCCCUUGUGAUUGGAAGGAGUUGGACUUUACAUGGGAGAGUUAUCUGGCUAAAACUAAAUCAUUGGUUGUUCCUGCUAGAGCAUUUAAACCUAGGGUAGCCUUGGGUUUUAAGGUUGGUAUGAAACUAGAAGUUGUUGAUAAAAGGAACUCACUCCUCAUUCGUGUUGCAACUGUGGCUGAAGUUAACGAUCACCUGAUCAAGAUCCACUUUGAUGGGUGGGCAGAUACUUUUGACUACUGGAUGGAUGAUGAUUGUACAGAUAUCCAUCCUCCAGGCUGGUGUAGCAAGACAAACCACCCACUUACCCCUCCCAUAAGUCCUGCAGAUCUGGUAGAUACAGCUGAGAAAGGAGGAUGUCCAACUCCAGGCUGCAAGGGCAUCGGUCACAUAAAAGGAGCCAAGUACACAGGGCAUCACAGUGCAUUUGGCUGUCCCUACUCCAGCUCCAACAUUAACAAGGAGACAACUCUUCAGGACAGACUAGGGUCGACUAGGGCAGAGGAAGUGAACCAAACCCCUGCCCCAUCACCUCCUGGUACACCCACCUUCAAAUCCCAGAGGAGCAUGGAAUAUCCUUCUUCUCCAGAGAUGAAGAAAUGUCCCACCCCAGGCUGUGAUGGAUCAGGGCAUAUCACCGGGAAAUUCACCAUGCACCAUAAAGUCUCGGGCUGUCCUCUGUCGGAGAAAAACAUCAUGAUGAUGCAGAUGCAGAGUAAACCUCUGCAUAUGACAAAUGGCGACACUGGCAAGGUCAAGGUCAAAUCUGGGAGAGGCCGCAAACCAAGGAGCUACUACUUGAACAUGGGUGACCGAGGACCUCACAAAAUGUUACGGGAGAGAGAGAAGGAGAGUAAAGUGUCUGCAGACUCUAAAAACACCAAUAACCUGCACAAUGGGAUCCACCAGUCUGUGUUCAUGUCAUCCAUGGUACCAAACCCCAACAAAGACCUACCGUUGUGCUGGGAACAACACUCGAAGCUUCUGCCAGGAGUGGACAAGAUGAAAGGUUCCGAGGUAUCCAGCUGGAACGUGGACCAGGUGUCCCAGUUUGUCCGUUCACUUCCUGGCUGUGAGGAACACGCCAAGGCUUUUAAGGAUGAGCAAAUUGACGGAGAAGCAUUCAUGUUGAUCACUCAGACCGACAUUGUUAAGAUCAUGAAUGUGAAGUUGGGUCCAGCUCUGAAAAUCUUCAACAGCAUUCUCAUGUUCAAAAACUCACUGGAUGUGUUGUGAAAAACCACAACUUAUGUGAUGUGUGGAACACUACAUGUACUGCCAGCUCUGUCGACUGGAUCAAGUAGCAAGCUCCUUGUCGAAACGGCUGUUAGCUUGAUUAGUGAGCUAGCUCCCAUACUUAGCCAGCGUCAUCAGACAGAACACAAAAUAAGCUUCUUCAUCAGACAGAACACGAAAUAAGCUUCUUAAGGUAGAGAAGAAAGCAAGUUUUCCAGAACAGGGAGCAAGCUUGUUCAGUCAGAACAGUGACAUUGGACUGUGAUGGUUAUGUUAAAAAUGCAUAAGAACAUUUAAUUUACGAUAUGUUAAAACUAGUUUUACAACUAUUUGUGCCAUAAUGUUUUAUUAUACUAUUGAUAUGAUUUUUGAAGUAUUUAGAUUUAUUAUAAUUGUAAUAUAUAGUUAAGUUUGCUCAAAGUGUGAAAUCCAUGUAUGUCUUGAGAGAUCUACAUAUUUUGAGACUUUUUUUUAGAUUUACUGGUUUGUGUAAUAGUCCAGUGAACUUUUAAGCAUGUCAACAAGACCGCUGGAUCUUUAUACAGAGAUACAAUAGUGCAAUUCUGUAGAGGGACACAAGGCCUCCUUAUAAUGUUAAAAUUGGUUUGCUUCACAAUUGAUUUGAACAUUUUCCUUUCAAAAUGAAUCCUCAUUAAUAUUAAACGAUAACUGUUUGUGUUGAAGAACUUUUGAUCAGUUACAGGAAUUAUUGUAUUGAAACAUUGAAUGUUUUCUGAUGAAAUUAAGACAGAUUUUAUUUGCAUUGUCUGUUAUAUCAGAAAUUGCUGUCUAGCUCAAUAACUUUUACUGUUAAGCUGUCUUGUAAUUAUUUCACCUGGCACAAAGUGCCUUAGUCCGAAUUAUUCUGAUGUUUUAUCUACUUUUUUUUAUAUCGGUCUGUCU